UAAAUACUUUCUUGCCCUACUGUACGUAAGCUAUUAAGAUGGCGCUGACAGGUAGGGCAGCCGUGCUUCUAGCUUCCACAAACAGUUCGCUACACCCGCAAUAACGUAUAUAACCAUGUAUUUGAAAUAGGUUAUAACUAGGGCCCAAUGGUUAUAACACAUGGACAGUAAGUCCUUCUGUCCGUAACUAUGAUUCAAUUAAGAAAAAGUGCCGAUUUUUAAGUCCUGCUUACUGGAUUAAGUCUCUUGCAGUAAAUUUCCCACAACAACCAAACUAAAGCCUUAUUGACUGAUUACCUUUCUGUAAAGUUAGAGGUAUGCAUCGUAUAUGACUGGCCGAUUAAUUUGCCUAUUUCUAAAUCAAACGCCUUAUCAAUGUUAUUUUCAAAAGCCCAGUCAUGACACUUGACCCCCUCUUGGCACGAUGCCUAGCAUUGGCUUCUAUGUCCUAUUUACGAGACGGUUCUCGCCCUUCUGUGGUGCGUGCCCAGUGGCUGUCAUGCAUCUUGAAUGGUGAGCAUCUGGGAACUGGAGGGGUCAAGUUCAAAAGUGGGGUGGGGACGAGUGUGUCUAAUAGGCUGUGGGUGAAAACAGAAGCUGUGGUUAUUGCUACAGUCAUGGCUGGCGAUAUGAGCUACGUCCAGUGCUUGUGACAGGAUGGUUGAAGGGACCCAACUCCGGGGGUCACUCAUCAUCCAGUUCUAGAACUUGACCUGUCAGGUGACAGAACCUAAAAUAGCCCUGUAAGAGAGUAUAUAGAGGUCUAUACGCAGGCCUUGGAUUUCAGAACAGGACUUGCCCCGCUGUCUGAAACAUACAGGACACUGCACCACGAGAGCCAUUGACAAAAGAAGAAAGGCUUUUUUGAAGGACAUAUCUUAAUUCAAUUUCACUGCCUUUUGGUUUAUAAUUUUACUGCUGAAAAAGGAAUGCAGAUUUUCAUCUGAAGUUUAUCUUUGAACAAGACUUAAGUUUCUUAAGGAUGAAGUUCUACCAGGACCCAGUCUGCCAGUCCAGAGGUAUCAAGGCUUAUGGCCCCAAAGAGUCCAGCAGCUCUUCUUGCGCCCACUCUUCUCCACAGAUCAAACCAGUCCGCAGCGUCCACUUCCCCAACGACAUCGUGUUCCAGGACUACAUCCGGCAGGGCGAGCUAGACAGGAUCAGACUCUUCAUCAGAAAGAGGAGGGUCAGCCUGGAAACCAUCUACCACUCUGGUAUGGCAGCGAUCCAUGAGGCCGUCCUCUCUGGGAACCUGGAGUGUGUGAAGCUGCUGGUGAAGCACGGAGCAGACAUCCACCAGAGAGACCUGGAGGGCUGGACACCUCUCCACAUGGCCUGCAGCGACGGAUUCCCUGACAUUGCCAAGUACCUGCUUUCUAUUGGCGCUGACCCUCGGGCGGAAAACGAGUGUGGGGAGACACCUGCCGAUCUCAUCGACUCAGAGGUCACGGGGGUUCGAGAGCUGAAGGGGCUGCUUGGGGUGGAGGACGACUGAGCUCUCCUCCUCAUCUAACUUUAAAACUCCACUGAAUCUUCAGUCUCCUUCCUCGCCCAGGCCUCCCGGUUGACCCUCGACAAUGGAAUUAAAUGGACAGAUCGGUAGAACAGUCAUUCUGUGCCCUCCCUCCCUUGUAGAGGUCCUGGAGACAUAUAUCUGGUCUGGUGGGAGGAAGGUGGCCUGCCAACAGUAGAUGGUUGCCUUUGAGAGUGAACUGAACUAUUGCUGGAAAGGGGCUCCUUCAGGCAAUCUCAGCAGGCAUGUAAUGUAAUGCUGUUUGCAGGUGCAGAAGUUAGCUUUUGUACUUUUUUCAUACAGGGUGAACGCAGCACUGAAAUGAAUUAGAUAGCAGUCUGGUAAUGAGCUUUUUGAACUACUUUAUAUAGUUGAUGUGUGAAAGCUUUUUUUGGAAGUUGUGAAACAUGGAUCUGUCGUUAUCCUCUUGACUCAUAGGGCCAUUCUGAAAUGGGGCCUACUGCCCACCGCAGUAAACCAAUGUGAUAGGUCAACUCUACCUACUGACAGCGUUUAUAGUUCAAGAUUUGUCAUUUACAUCAUACAACUUUUACAUUUGAUAAACGAAGACUGCAUAUGUACCACAUGAAUAUGUACAUUGCACUUUACCUCUAUACAUUUGCAAACACCACUGGAAUGGCUAAUUGUGUGUUUACAAUUGCUUUUACAAUCAUAACUGAAACUGUGUGCAAUCAAUUGUGGUUACACCGCUUUGAAAAGAAUUGCCUUUUAUACAUUUUUUCAUUAAAAUAUUUUCAUAUUA